AUGGAGAAGUUGGUGUACGCGCUAGUGCAUGCAUCCCGAAAACUACGACCUUACUUUCAACCACACAAGGUAGAGGUCAGAACCGCGUACCCUCUUCGACAGAUCAUGCACAAGCCAGAAGUCAUAGGCAAAAUGAUGAAAUGGGCAGUCGAGUUAAGACAAUUCGACCUUGACUAUAAACCGAGAACGGCCAUCAAAGGGCAGGCCCUAGCGGACUUUAUCUUGGAAUCCCCAGAAGAUGGUGAGAACUCCGGCCUGUUAAUCAAAUAUGACCCUGACUUACUUUCACAACCGGGUGCCCCCGAAGAAGGUAUUCCUGAGCUUUGGUGGGUAUUGCACACCGACGGGGAAGUAAACAACGAUGGAGCAGGUGCAGGUAUAGUGUUGGUGAACCCCGAAGGACAUAGGCUCUUAAAUGCGAUUCACUUCACCUUCCAAUUAUCUAACAAUGACGCGGAAUAUGAGGCGUUGGUUGGAGGCCUGAAACUAGCUCUCGAGAUGAAGGCGAGACGCCUCGUGGUAAAGCUUGACUCGAUGUUGGUGGUGGGGCACAUCAAAGGAGGAUAUCAAGCUAAGGGACCUAAGACGGCUAUGUAUCUCAGAUGCGUCCAGAGGUUGCUAGAUCAGUUCGAGGAGGUUCAAGUGAAUAGGGUACCUCGGGAAUUCAAUGGAGAUGCCGACGCCUUAGCAAAGUUAGGAUCUCAGAAAGACGCAGCCGUGUUGGGGGUGAUUCACUUGGAAAUCCAGGAGAUACCUAGCAUCCCGGAGUUAGAUGUCAUGGAAGUGGAAGGUAACGCUAAGGGUCCAACAUGGAUGACCCCUAUAUGGGAGUUCAUCAAAGAAGGAAAAUUACCCGAAAAUAAGGCUGAAGCUCGGAGGCUAAGAUACAAAGCAGCCAGGUAUGUGGAAUAUAAUGGCAAACUAUAUAAGAGGGGCUUCAACCAACCAUUACUGAAGUGUAUAGACGGUGAUGAGUGCACCUAUGUGAUGAGGGAGGUCCACGAAGGCAUAUGUGGGAAUCACUCGGGAGGCAACUCGUUAGCUAUGAAGAUUCUGAGACAAGGGUACUACUGGCCUACCUUAAGGAGUGACGCUUUCAACUUCGCCAGAGCAUGUGAUAAGUGCCAACGGUUCGCCAACUUUACCCAUAACCCAGCCCAUCCUUAA